AUGUCUGAUACUACACAAUCCGCUUCUCUGGUGGCUCAGAUAUUUAAUUAUGCAGGUAUUGCAUUAUCUUAUUUUAAUGCUUUACCAUUAGGUCAAAGAAUAUCAAUUAUUGUUUUGGCUCCAUUUGUUUACCAUAUUACAUGGCAACUGCUAUAUUCCUUAAGAAAAGAUCAUACUCCUUUAGUCUUUUCAUGGAUUCCAUGGGUUGGUAGUGCAAUUCCAUAUGGUACUCAACCAUAUGUUUUCUUUGAAAAAUGUAAUAAACAAUAUGGUGAUAUUUUUUCAUUUUUAUUGUUAGGUAGAAUUAUGACAGUUUAUUUAGGUCCAAAAGGUCAUGAAUUUAUUUUUAAUGCUAAAUUAAAGGAAGUCUCUGCUGAAGCUGCUUAUUCUCAUUUAACCACUCCAGUCUUUGGUAAAGGUGUUAUUUAUGAUGUACCAAAUAAUAAAUUAAUGGACCAAAAGAAAUUUGUUAAAGGUGCUUUAACUAAAGAAGCCUUUAAGACUUAUGUACCAUUAUUUGUUGAAGAAAUUGUUAAAUAUUUAAAGACUUCACCAAACUUUAACGUCAAUGAAAAUAAUUCUGGUAAGAUUAAUGUCAUGGUUACUCAACCUGAAAUGACAAUUUUCACAGCUGCAAGAACUUUGUUAGGUAAAGAAUUAAGAGAUAAAUUAGAUACUGAUUUUGCUUACUUAUUUACUGAUUUAGAUAGAGGUUUCACUCCAUUAAAUUUCGUUUUCCCAAAUAUUCCAUCUGCUACUAAUAAGAGAAGAGAUCAUGCUCAAAGGACAAUUUCAAAUACUUAUUUAUCAAUUAUUAAAAAGAGACGUGCUGAAAAUGAUAUUCAAGAUAGAGAUUUAAUUGAUGAAUUAAUGAAAAAUUCAACUUAUAAAGAUGGUACUAAAAUGACUGAUAAUGAAAUUGCUAACUUAUUAAUUGGUGUCUUAAUGGGUGGUCAACAUACUUCUGCUGCUACUUCUGCUUGGACUUUAUUACAUUUAGCUGAAAGACCUGAUGUUCAAGAAGAAUUAUAUCAAGAACAAGUUAAAGUCUUGGAUAAUUUUAAUAGAGAAUUAUCUUAUGAUGCUGUUGAAGAAAUGGCUUUAUUAAAUCAAACUUUAAAAGAAGUCUUAAGAUUACAUCAUCCUCUACAUUCCUUGUUUAGAAAAGUUAUUAAAGAUAUGCAAGUUCCAAAUACUCAAUACGUUGUUCCAAAGGAUAAUUUCGUCCUUGUCUCUCCAGGUUAUACUCAUUUACAAGAAAAUUAUUUCCCAAAUCCACAUGAAUUAAAUAUUCAUCGUUGGGAUAAUGAUUCUCAAUCUUCUUAUUCUGUUGGUGAAGAAAUUGAUUACGGUUUCGGUUCUAUCUCAAAGGGUGUCUCUUCUCCAUAUUUACCAUUUGGUGGUGGUAGACAUAGAUGCAUUGGUGAACAUUACGCUUACUGUCAAUUAUUAACUAUUUUCUCUGUCUUUAUUAGACAUUUCAAAUUUAGAUACGAAACACCAGAUGGUACUGUUCCAAUUUCUGAUUUCACUAGUAUGGUCACUUUACCAACUGGUCCAGCUUACAUUAUUUGGGAAAAAAGAGUUCCAGGUGAACAAUUAUAA